AUGGCGGACGACAACAACGGGUUGGCUUCCCUUGUGACUUUACUUUCACGCUUCGAACGCACUUCAGAAUAUCCAGAAACGUAUCUUAAACCUCCUUCUUCUCUUGAGAAAGAUACUAAAGCAACAGUGAAGGACAUUUUUGAUUUUUGCAAAAAAGAUGAGCCGAAUAGUAGCCGUUCUCUUGCAAGCACGUGUCCAUUGCAGGAACUCUUGGUAGAUGAUUUUGAUAUCGAGCAAAUUUGGCAGGAAAUUGAGCUGCAGAAUACUCCAUUGUUGCACUUAGGAGAGAAAGACAUCCAGAUUAUAAAACAAGAAGCUGAAAAGAUUUCGUUAUGCUUAGCUUACUCCAGGAGUAAAGAUCUUGUUGAAGGAAAUCAACUUGUAGACAUGGAAAGUGAAACCAUUAGUGAUAAUAUAAAUGGAUUUGUAGAACAUGGAAAUGAAAGUGAUUCAGAUGAUUACAGUUCUGGAAAGAAAUCUGGUCUUGAAAAUAAUGACGAGGAAACAGAUAAUAAUUAUGUCAAGAAUACCAAUGAUCGGAGAGAGGUAAACUCUGCAAGCAAACAGAAAGGGAAACAAAAACCUUCUGCAAAAAAGUCUCAAGUCGAUGACAAGUUCUUUAAACUCUCAGACAUGCUUCAGUUUUUAGACAAAGAAGACAGAAAAUUUGAAAGAGCACAUAAAAAGAAGAACCAAACAGAAAAUGAUGACGAAGAUGAUAGUGAUGAGAAUGAAAGUGAGCUUGUUGAUUAUUUUGUUGACAUUGAUGGUAGUGAUGUUGAGGAUGAGGAAGAUGAUGACUGGGACAAGGCACUUGACGCAACGGAGAGGCUUCUUGGAAGGUGCAUUUCUACACACAGAUGGACCUUCUCCAAGGCCAUUACCCUAAAUACUAAGACUUGGUUGUUGCUUAACCCUUUCACUCCCAAUAGAUAAAUUUCUUUUUGUAAAAUCGUAAGAAAUAAGAAGUAGUAUACAAAAGUUCGAAAUGGUAUGCAUCACUUUCCAUGUGACUAUAUUUUGUUUUUACCUCAUAGUUUGGAAGGGUUUUUGUCUUAAGAAAGAAAGUAUGCAAAAACCGUUCAAGAUUACGUGAAAAGGUUUUAGAAUCCAUUUUGAGAUGGAGAACUACUUAUUAAGAGAAAAAAAUUUUUUUUGAAGAGAAAUACUUUCCAAAGAAUGAUCUACAGAAGCCAUAGUGUGUGCAAAUGACAACCCUCAUGUCAUUCCUCUGUUAUCUGUGGGCAAAAUUUAAAGUUGAUCUCUGUUUUGUUUUGUUAUGAAAGAAAUGGUUAAAAUUGCAGCUGUGCAACCACAGAGUUGUGGAAGAAAUUGGGAGGUUCGCUAAUACUCAAGAAGCUAGAGUUGCUCCUGGCCAUGCCUUGACCGACUCUUAUGUAUUUUUUCAUGUUUAGCAACCUCCUACAUGCCUCAAUAUCUUGAUGGUUGCAUACUGCACAUUUACCAUUUCUUAACUACAUGGAUUUCAGCCUCAACUGAUUGUAACAACCCACUGUCAGUGAUUAUUUUAUCAAUUUUCAUGGACAAUCCACCUUAAAGUGUGUCCAUUGCAGCAGAAUACCACGGAGGUGAAUCCCUUAUUCAGUCUUUCUCUGUUUUUCCUGUAUUGUUUUGUCGGUAGGGAAAGAAAGAUAACAAAGAAAGACAAGCAAAAGAGGAAGGCUGCAAGAGAAAUUAAAUAUGCUGAUUUCUUUGAUCCCCCUGAUGGAGAAAUGUUGGAAAAGGCAGGAAGUGAUUCAAAUGAUUUUGAGGAAGAAGAUGAAGCUGGUGAGGAGAUGGAAAGUGAAGAUGAUGAAGAAAAUGAGGAAAACCAUCAAGAUAGCAGUGAUGAAAAUGAAGUGGAAGAUGAUGAUGAUGAUGAUGGUGACGAUGAUGAUGAAAAAUCCAAAGUGUUUUCUAAUUUUGAAAAGAAGCAAGGAAAGGUAGGGUGUCAAAAUAAUUUUGAAUUUUCUCAACGAAACAUUUGUCACUGAGAAGGUCACAUGACUAACCAUAACAGAUGGGGUGCUUUGAAAUUUGAAGUGUUUAGUUACUCCUGAACUAAUUCUAAAUUCUCUGUUUGAUUCCCAAGUAUACACAAGGCAUAUUGGAGGGAGACUCUAGCUGUCUUUCAGACAAUACUUGCAAUAUAUUUAAGGCACACCUCUAUGUGAUCACUUAUAGUUUGUCCUUAGGAGACCCAUUCAUGUCAUGAACCAAGGAAUUCCCCACCAAGCUAAUUUGGGUGAUGAAUGUUUUAAUCUGAAAACGGCUUUUAUUCUCNUUGGAAAAGGCAGGAAGUGAUUCAAAUGAUUUUGAGGAAGAAGAUGAAGUUGGUGAGGAGAUGGAAAGUGAAGAUGAUGAAGAAAAUGAGGAAAACCACCAAGAUAGCAGUGAUGAAAAUGAAGUGGAAGAUGAUGAUGAUGAUGAUGGUGACGAUGAUGAUGAAAAAUCCAAAGUGUUUUCUAAUUUUGAAAAGAAGCAAGGAAAGGUAGGGUGUCAAAAUAAUUUUGAAUUUUCUCAAUGAAACAUUUGUCACUGAGAAGGUCACAUGACUAACCAUAAUAGAUGGGGUGCUUUGAAAUUUGAAGUGUUUAGUUACUCCUGAUCUAAUUCUAAAUUCUCUGUUUGAUUCCCAAGCAUACACAAGGCAUAUUGGAGGGAGAGUCUAGCUGUCUAUCAGACAAUACUUGCAAUAUAUUUAAGGCACACCUCUAUGUGAUCACUGAUAGUUUGUCCUUAGGAGACCCAUUCAUGUCAUGAACCAAGGAAUUCCCCACCAAGCUAAUUUGGGUGAUGAAUGUUUUAAUCUGAAAACAGCUUUUAUUCUUCCAAAUAAAACAUCACUGUGAGAAAUGGGUUUCAACUGAAAGAUGAAUUUUUAGGUUGGAAGAAAUAAGGUGUAAUUUUAUCAUGGUAUAAGAGCAGUCCAAUUUUUAGCACAAAUCUUAUAGGAAAGGGAAAAAGUUCGAUAUAGCUAGAACAUACAGCUUUAAUUAAUGUAGGGUAGCACUAAAACAGUGAAAGUAUAAACAUACUGAUUUUAAUUAAAACAAUAUUAUUGUCUUUUGUAUGGACCAGCUUUGUCAUUUUUGUGCUUUUAACAUUACACCUACUUUUCCUCAGCUAAAACAGAAAAUUGAGAAGCUAGAAAAAGCCAAUUUAGCUGAAAAACCAUGGCAGAUGUCUGGUGAAGCAGGUGGAAAGGUGCGACCAAUAAACAGCUUGCUUGAAGAAGAUAUCAGCUUUGAUCACACUACUGUCACUGGUAACCUCAGAUUUCUAUUUGUAAAAAUGUGUUAUUGACCUGAAAGUACAACAAAAGUAUGUUUUAGAACCAAGUGGGUUAAAAACAGUUUAGCGAAAUACAUGUAUGGGCAUUUAAAAACCACCACUGUCUAAAAUUCCAUUAAGGUUCCCUUUCAGCGUGUUUAAAGAGGUUGUUACUUGAAAUUGUUUAAAAAAAUAAUAGCAGUUGAAUGUUAUUUUUUGCAAUGUAUUUGGCAUAAAAAUGCUGAAAAUGACCUACACUGUGAGUAGCAUUCUCUCUGAAUAUUUGAUUAGAGAUGAAGCCCAAAAUGGUAUUUUUUGGUAAUUUGAACAAGAUUAUUGAUAUUUACAGUAUUAGGAAAGGAUAUCAUUUUGACAACUUGAACAAGUUGCUUUGAAAUUAAUGUCCAUCCACAUUAUUGUUAACAGGCACUAUUAUUUUUCUUUACGAUCUGAGCUCAUGGCCUGCGUUUCAAGCAUUUCUGAGGAGGGGAGGUGUUGGGGACACAUGUGCUAGAAUUUGCUUGAAUUGUGUUGAUUCACGUUAGCUCUUUGCCUUGUCUGCAUUCCUCUGCUUUCAAAACCAAAAAUGAUGGCUACACUGCACUGCACCCACCCCUCCUUCCCCCAUUUUCACCACUCUUGUGUUCAGACUAAAAAGUUUUGUGUAGCACUAAUGCACCUUAUCAAUAGUGACCUUAAGAUACAUCAUUUCAGCCUAUGAGUAUGGGUAGGUGAACAUGUUUACCUCGUAGUUUUCUAAAAGGCAACCAUUAUUUCCCAGAGGUGAUAACGGCAUGACCAUUCUACCCGGUAGCCUACCCGUUUCUCCUGGGUAAGAGGCAAUCUACCUGUAUUUACGGUUACGUCUACUGCUAAUUUACCCAUACCUGUACAUGGAAACGGUGUAUUUUAAGGUCUCUAAUGUUAAUCUGGAGGGGGAAGGCUGAGCGAAGGCAAGGGAUUUGGCAAAGGAAGCCAGCACUUGGUGGGGACUUUUGAUUAUUGCGAAGUCCUGAAGGUGGGGAUAUUUGAAUUUCCACCAAUCAUGGAUGCCAUCUUGGAUUGAAAGCUGUAAAAGACCUGGUUACAAGUCAGUUACCUGUUCUAUUACCCGGUGGAUUGGUAACUAGAGAUGGCGGCAUUGUUCCCGAAGGAUCUGUGGGUAUUUUGGUAACCGGUCAAGUCGCCCGAAAGUUAUCUCGCCCGAAGUCAUAUCGCCCGGAACCAGAGUCAUAUCGCCCGAAAUACAUAGUCAUGUCGCCCGAAAUCCUAAGUCAUGUCGCCCGCAAUUUUAUCGAGUGUAUAAACUUGAAGAAAAGUAACAUCUUAAGUAAAUCGCAAGGAAUAAACUUGUAAAAUGUUGACUCGCUAACCUAUGCAAAUUGGAAGGUGCAUUUCUACACACAGAUGGACCUUCUCCAAGGCCAUUACCCUAAAUACUAAGACUUGGUUGUUGCUUAACCCUUUCACUCCCAAUAGAUAAAUUUCUUUUUGUAAAAUCCUAAGAAAUAAGAAGUAGUAUACAAAAGCUCGAAACGGUAUGCAUCACUUUCCAUGUGACUAUAUUUUGUUUUUAUCUCAUAGUUUGGGAGGGGUUUUGUCUUAAGAAAGAAAGUAUGCAAAAACCGUUCAAGAUUACAUGAAAAGGUUUUACAAUCCAUUUUGAGAUGGAGAACUACUUAUUAAGAUUUUAAUUAUUUUUUGAAGGGAAAUACUUUCCAAAGAAUGAUCUACAGAAGCCAUAGUGUGUGCAAAUGACAACCCUCAUGUCAUUCCUCUGUUAUCUGUGGGCAAAAUUUAAAGUUGAUCUCUUUUGAUUUUGUUUUGAAAGAAAUGGUUAAAAUUGCAGCUGUGUAACCACAGAGUUGUGGAAGAAAUUGGAAGGUUCGCUAAUACUCAAGAAGCUAGAGUUGCUCCUGGCCAUGCCUUGACCGACUCUUAUGCUUUUUUUCAUGUUUAGCAACCUCCUACAUGCCUCAAUAUCUUGAUGGUUGCAUGCUGCACAUUUACCAUUUCUUAAAUACAUGGAUUUCAGCCUCAACUGAUCGUAACAACCCACUGUCAGUGACUAUUUUAUCAAUUUUCAUGGACAAUCCACUUCAAAGUAUGUCCAUUGCAACAGAAUGCCGCAGAGGUGAAUUCCUUUUUCAGUCUGUCUCUGUUUUUCCUGUCUUGUUUUGUCGGUAGGGAAAGAAAGAUAACAAAGAAAGACAAGCAAAAGAGGAAGACUGCAAGAGAAAUUAAAUAUGCUGAUUUCUUUGAUCCCCCUGAUGGAGAAACAUUGGAAAAGGCAGGAAGUGAUUCAAAUGAUUUUGAGGAAGAAGAUGAAGUUGGUGAGGAGAUGGAAAGUGAAGAUGAUGAAGAAAAUGAGGAAAACCACCAAGAUAGCAGUGAUGAAAAUGAAGUGGAAGAUGAUGAUGAUGAUGAUGGUGACGAUGAUGAUGAAAAAUCCAAAGUGUUUUCUAAUUUUGAAAAGAAGCAAGGAAAGGUAGGGUGUCAAAAUAAUUUUGAAUUUUCUCAAUGAAACAUUUGUCACUGAGAAGGUCACAUGACUAACCAUAAUAGAUGGGGUGCUUUGAAAUUUGAAGUGUUUAGUUACUCCUGAUCUAAUUCUAAAUUCUCUGUUUGAUUCCCAAGCAUACACAAGGCAUAUUGGAGGGAGAGUCUAGCUGUCUAUCAGACAAUACUUGCAAUAUAUUUAAGGCACACCUCUAUGUGAUCACUGAUAGUUUGUCCUUAGGAGACCCAUUCAUGUCAUGAACCAAGGAAUUCCCCACCAAGCUAAUUUGGGUGAUGAAUGUUUUAAUCUGAAAACAGCUUUUAUUCUUCCAAAUAAAACAUCACUGUGAGAAAUGGGUUUCAACUGAAAGAUGAAUUUUUAGGUUGGAAGAAAUAAGGUGUAAUUUUAUCAUGGUAUAAGAGCAGUCCAAUUUUUAGCACAAAUCUUAUAGGAAAGGGAAAAAGUUCGAUAUAGCUAGAACAUACAGCUUUAAUUAAUGUAGGGUAGCACUAAAACAGUGAAAGUAUAAACAUACUGAUUUUAAUUAAAACAAUAUUAUUGUCUUUUGUAUGGACCAGCUUUGUCAUUUUUGUGCUUUUAACAUUACACCUACUUUUCCUCAGCUAAAACAGAAAAUUGAGAAGCUAGAAAAAGCCAAUUUAGCUGAAAAACCAUGGCAGAUGUCUGGUGAAGCAGGUGGAAAGGUGCGACCAAUAAACAGCUUGCUUGAAGAAGAUAUCAGCUUUGAUCACACUACUGUCACUGGUAACCUCAGAUUUCUAUUUGUAAAAAUGUGUUAUUGACCUGAAAGUACAACAAAAGUAUGUUUUAGAACCAAGUGGGUUAAAAACAGUUUAGCGAAAUACAUGUAUGGGCAUUUAAAAACCACCACUGUCUAAAAUUCCAUUAAGGUUCCCUUUCAGCGUGUUUAAAGAGGUUGUUACUUGAAAUUGUUUAAAAAAAUAAUAGCAGUUGAAUGUUAUUUUUUGCAAUGUAUUUGGCAUAAAAAUGCUGAAAAUGACCUACACUGUGAGUAGCAUUCUCUCUGAAUAUUUGAUUAGAGAUGAAGCCCAAAAUGGUAUUUUUUGGUAAUUUGAACAAGAUUAUUGAUAUUUACAGUAUUAGGAAAGGAUAUCAUUUUGACAACUUGAACAAGUUGCUUUGAAAUUAAUGUCCAUCCACAUUAUUGUUAACAGGCACUAUUAUUUUUCUUUACGAUCUGAGCUCAUGGCCUGCGUUUCAAGCAUUUCUGAGGAGGGGAGGUGUUGGGGACACAUGUGCUAGAAUUUGCUUGAAUUGUGUUGAUUCACGUUAGCUCUUUGCCUUGUCUGCAUUCCUCUGCUUUCAAAACCAAAAAUGAUGGCUACACUGCACUGCACCCACCCCUCCUUCCCCCAUUUUCACCACUCUUGUGUUCAGACUAAAAAGUUUUGUGUAGCACUAAUGCACCUUAUCAAUAGUGACCUUAAGAUACAUCAUUUCAGCCUAUGAGUAUGGGUAGGUGAACAUGUUUACCUCGUAGUUUUCUAAAAGGCAACCAUUAUUUCCCAGAGGUGAUAACGGCAUGACCAUUCUACCCGGUAGCCUACCCGUUUCUCCUGGGUAAGAGGCAAUCUACCUGUAUUUACGGUUACGUCUACUGCUAAUUUACCCAUACCUGUACAUGGAAACGGUGUAUUUUAAGGUCUCUAAUGUUAAUCUGGAGGGGGAAGGCUGAGCGAAGGCAAGGGAUUUGGCAAAGGAAGCCAGCACUUGGUGGGGACUUUUGAUUAUUGCGAAGUCCUGAAGGUGGGGAUAUUUGAAUUUCCACCAAUCAUGGAUGCCAUCUUGGAUUGAAAGCUGUAAAAGACCUGGUUACAAGUCAGUUACCUGUUCUAUUACCCGGUGGAUUGGUAACUAGAGAUGGCGGCAUUGUUCCCGAAGGAUCUGUGGGUAUUUUGGUAACCGGUCAAGUCGCCCGAAAGUUAUCUCGCCCGAAGUCAUAUCGCCCGGAACCAGAGUCAUAUCGCCCGAAAUACAUAGUCAUGUCGCCCGAAAUCCUAAGUCAUGUCGCCCGCAAUUUUAUCGAGUGUAUAAACUUGAAGAAAAGUAACAUCUUAAGUAAAUCGCAAGGAAUAAACUUGUAAAAUGUUGACUCGCUAACCUAUGCAAAUAUAAAGUUAAACAAAGACUCCAAUAUCACUGUUCAUUUCAGUGUUGUUCGUUGUUCGCUGCUAUGAACUAAGCCGCUCAUUCUACAGUAAAGAUUCUAGUAAUUAUGUCGCCCGCAAUUUUAUCGAGUGUAUAAACUUGAAGAAAAGUAUCGCUGGUCAUUCACUUCUAUAUACCAUAACAUCUUAAGUAAUUCGCAAGGAAUAAACUCGUAAAAUGUUCACUCGCUAACCUAUGCAAAUAUGAAGUUAAAAAAAGACUCCAACCACAGGAAAAAAUAACGGAUUUCCAUUUUUGGAUAUUUUAGGGUACCGGUAUUUAAAGAAUACCCACAAAAAUCCCAAAUUUGGAAGAGUAAGACAAGUCCCAAUCAGGGAACUUGGUUGGGAAUUCCCUGGUCGGGACUUGUCUCACUUUGCCAAAUUUGGGAUUUUUAUGGGUAUUCUUUAAAUACCCUAAAAUAUCCAAAAAUGGGAAUCCGUUAUUUUUUCUUGUGAACAUUGCUGUUCAUUUCAGCGUUGUUCGUUGUUUGUUGCUAUGAACAUGACUCUGGUUUCGGGCGACAUGACUUUCGGGUGACUUGACCGUAAAGCGGUAUUUUUAUACACUUGUGCAAGAUAGCGAAGGUAAAUCUUAUGAAAAACGAGAAGACCCUGGGGAUGAGGUCGGUGAUGAGGUAUCUGUUUCCAUCCUCUCUAUUCUUAUUCAAAUGAAUACAUCCAUUUGAGUGAUGGCCGUCAAAAAAAUCUGCAAAAUGAACAGCUGAAAGGCUGUGAAAAACAAAACUCUACCACUGGGUUCACAGUUAUUAAAGUUCACAAUGCAGCAACCUGAAAUGGCUAUAUGAAAAUGCCAAAAAUCACUCGAUACAUGCAGUUUUAAAGGGCUUCCUGCUUGACGAUCAGAAAGAUAAGCAUUCUGUUGAACUUCUAUAAAAGUAAGUUGACAAAACUGGUGGGCCUGUUUAUAAUACCAGCAGCAUUUCAAAGACAAUGUUGCUACUUUCAGUGAAACAAGUCUGACCUUUUGACUUAGUUGGAGGGGUGUUUUGACCAAAUAUGAUGUCCCAGGGGUAGGGUAUUUGACCCAAAAAAUGCUUCGAGUUCAAAUCCCCAGCCUUCCCCCCCUUAGGUUAACAUUGAUAGGUGCAUAAAUGGCAUUCAUCGUGGGAGAACUUAAUUUCUUAUCAAGUAGCUAUUUAUCAUAUCUGCCACAGCUCCAGAUAUAACAGAAGAAACAACUCAAAACCUUGAGGAUAUCGUUAAGCAAAGAAUUAAAGAUGAGGUUUGUAAUACUGAACUCUACUGCAAAUCAUAUUGUCUCGUCAUUGUGUAAUUAUCGUAGGGUAACUAAAAACAGAACUAAUGAGGCCUUGUUAGGGUUAAGUUCUGACAAGCGACAUGAUGGUCUUGAAACAGUGACAUAAGACAGAUGAAAUGGUGAUAAAUGACAAGAAAUUGGUUCAGAACUACAACAACGAUGAGAACAAUCACAAACACAAUAGUAAAGUACCCACAGUGGCAUGGCCUCCUCUUCAAUACAUAUACCCCUCCCCUCCCCCACUCUAAGAUGACCUCACUAAUAUAAUCUUUUGGUUUUACUUUCUAGCCACUGAGCUACUGAGAACUCUAGUGAUCAAGUGAACACACAAAUGAACUGCAUUGUGCAGUCUCGAAAGGCUUACUUCAGUUUGUUUUUCCCUUAUUUAAAACUUCUCCAAGUCAAAUAGUUAAUGCAGUUUUGGUCCAUUAUUCAGAAAGCGUUUUGGACUUGAAAGUAAAACUUUCAACCUUUCAAUCCAAAAACCACUUAAUCCGCUUUUAUUGUGGAGCCAGUACCCUCAACAGUACAAAAUUUCUGUUCCUUUAUUUUUGAGUUUAAAUUUUCAAUUAUUUAUUAUUGGUGGUUUGAGUAGGCAGCGUUGCCGAUUGGUCAGCGCGUCGAAUUCGCAAUCGGCCGGCGUUGCCGGAUUCGAGUCGCAAUCUAGACCUUCACUUGAUGGAAUUGUUCUUUCUUGUCCCGAAUUCAAAUCCUCGGCCGCGGUUGUAAAUAACCAACUGGUUGCCUCCUUCCAGUUGGGGUCUUUAUAGACCAUGAGCAGUCUCUCGUUUUUUCUUAGGCUGUGAGCGAAAGGUGCGAGUCCUCGUUUCCCUCGUCUCACGGCUUCGCCGCUGGACGCUCUCGUGCGCGCGCGUGUACUCCCCUGACCAACUGAAGAAAAAGGGAGACUGCUCGCAGUUUAGGGUUUUUGAUCCUGUUUUGUUUCUUAUUUGAGUGCAAUGCCUGUAAACUAGCGGGAUAAGCUCAACAGGAAAUAGCAUUAUCACCAUUUUGGCAUUUGAGCAAUUGGUAAGUUAAGCAGAUGGAGGAAAUUGUUUUCUAAUAGAGUGACUUUUACCUUCAGGCAUGGGAUGAUGUCGAACGGAAAGUAAAGCCAGUAACAGAACCAUUUGAGUACAAGAAAAAGAUACCACUGGACCAAGAAAAAAGUAAAUUAAGCCUCAGUCAAAUUUACGAGCAGGAAUACCUCAAACAAACACAGGUAAGAUAAGUAAUAGUCUUUCCACGUAAAUUUAUUCGCAAUGAAGUUUGAACGAUCACAAAUUCACUUUUCACAUCCUCUUCUUCUUACUUAAAGAUGAUAUUGCAAGGGACGAUUCGCAACGACGAUUUUUAGCGCAACUCAGCAUGGCAAUGUUGGAGCAAUGUUGUAACCAUUCGAAACAAUGUUGCAACGCUGUGUUGCGCUAAAAAUCGUCGUUGCGAAUCGUCUCGUGCAACAUCCGUGUCAUAGCUGUCUACUUCAGUGGGUUAAUAUCGUCAAUAAUUCGUCUUUAUUCGCUAAAUUACGUAAAAUAUCUCUCUCAAAGCAUUUGAUAUCAAACGAUACAAACAACAAACUUUUCUUAGUAAUUUUGUGACACAGUUUCUUUAAAAGCUUACUUCUAGUACCUUGCCGUGAACUUGCCUACUUCCAAAUGAGAAGUAAUCCUUUAAUCUUUACUUUUACAGGAAGAGGCCGAAGAAAAAGAAAAUGAAGAACAUACUGAGAUCAAAGCGUUGAUGAGUAAAUUGUUCACAAAACUAGAUGCGCUUUCAAACUUCCAUUUUACACCAAAACCGGUAAGGGAUGUGUGUCGUCAUAAGUGUAUUUACAUGCGUAUUGCUGACCUGCCUCUGCUGCCACAGCCAGGGAAGGCAGGCCGGGAAACAGUUUCUCCAAGGUCAAGGAAACUGAAGUCAGCAUUUUUUUUUUCAACAUUUUAUAGAAAACUCUAGUUCAUGCCGGUUCUAGUUAGUGAAAAGUAAGGGGAUUUCACUGCGCGUUUGCUCCACAAGUCCUUAUAUAAGGGCCAUUUAUACGAGGUAAAAUAAGACGCGUCUUUUUCACAGAAGACGCGUUUUUAAUAAGAAGCGAAGUUCUGGUAUAGAGCGAUUUUCGUAUGACCUUGAUUGUUUUAUCAGCCAAUGGAUGAAAAGAUCAAAACAUGGGUUCUUCGUUUUCCCGCCAAAGAAAACCCUCAUAUGGAGAAGGCAUUGUUCGAUUUGCCAAUCGUGUUGCAGUAUGACGUCAAAGCGGACUAUCGAUUGAUAACUUAGAUGUAACUUAGCUAAGACGCAGGUGAUAUGCUCGCACAAUUGGUGCAGGUAGUUUGCGCCUUAAUUGUUUGAGACGCGUGGUUUUUUUUCUCGUAUAAAUGGCCCAUGAGUUAGUACCUAAAGCGCAUCCUUAUCCAGAAAAAAUCUGUAGUUGAUAGAUUUAGAUGUUCUAAUUUUCCCGUGGAACAUCAAAUUCCGUGAAACGCUAUGCCCGUAAAAAUUGCUUAAGGUCAGGGACAAGUCAACGAUUUUUUUUGGUGGUAAUGAUUAGCAGCCAUGCAUGGAAGCGUUGCAUGAGUAAUUCCAAUAGAGGAUUAAUCGCAACUCCCGCACUUCCCUCAUGUUUUUGUGCUUUCGCUCCUCCACGAAACUUCCACGCAAGACGCGAGGCAAAAGGGAGAUUUAGCAUCGACGACGGUGACGGUAACGAGGCCGUCGAAAAGCAAUAAAGCAACAACUCUGCACGUGCAUCACACCUUACUUGUACAUUUCUUUGCCGUCCCUGCACGACUACGACGUGAAAAACGACGACGAAUUUUUCUUUCUCUUUCUAAACUCGAGUUUCGGUCCCCAAGAAAUUAACUCCUGAGAAAUUCGCCCAUAUUUGACAUUUUCAGCGAAUUGGAAUAAACGCGACAAUAUUUGGAAAAACGUGAAUUCAUUUUUAAAUUGACGUUUUCGUUGCCGUCGCCGUCGUCGAUGCUAAUCCGCAGGAAAACCGAUGCGUUCCAAAAAUAACUUUGGAGGAUCACGAUGGGUAGAGGGCCCAUAUGGGGGAUUAAUUCUCUUACGCUUUAUCCUCUCUUGGUAAUUCUCAUUUGAGUUUUUUAAUUUAUAUGUAGUAGAUAUCAGUCUUUACAAAACUCUUACUUAACGUUUCAGCCCAAACCAGAACUCAAAGUUGUGAGCAAUGUUCCAGUCAUAUCGGUGGAGGAAGUGGCGCCAGUGUCUGUUAGCGAUGCCAUGAUGCUAGCUCCUGAGGAAGUUCAUGAGAAGAAAAAUGAACAGAAAGGAAAAACAGAGCUAACGGAUACUGAUAGAAAACGAGAACGACGAGCAAAGAAACGAAGACAGCAUGAACGAGCUGUGGAAAAAAUAAAACGAAGAAAACUGGUCGAGAAGCUUAAUCCGGGUCUGGGAAACAAGUAUUCGAAAAAAGCAGCGCUUGAAAAGUUGGAGAAGGAACAUAAGAACUCGAAAAAUCUGUCUUUGUUAAAAGACGACGGAAAUGACAAAUCUGUGAAAUCCUCCACGACGUUCUUCUCUCGUCUUCAAGACGAGGUUAGAGAUCAAGUUAGAGCAAAGAAGCAAGUGAAGAAAAAGAAAGAAAAAUCCUCUGUUAAAGUGGCUCAAUUGAAGCUUUGA